UUUUCUGACCAGUCCUGAGAACAGAACCAAGAGGCUGAAGAAGGAAGCAGAGAAAUGCCAAGAAAUGCAGAAGAGGGGGGACAGGGUGAGCGGCCCCUGGGUGAGGGGUUCCAGCUGCAGCAAGAGAGUCACCCAGAGGGACGGGGCCAUGUGGCUGCCAUCGGCUUUGCUGCUGCUCUCUGUCCCAGGCUUCUCAUCUCUGAGUGGCCCCAGCACUGUGACAGGCACCGAGGGGGGAUCCCUGAGCGUGCAGUGCCGGUAUGAGGAGAAAUACAAGGCAUUUACCAAAUACUGGUGCCGACAACCAUGCUUGCUACUUUGGAACCAGAUGGUGGAGACCAGAGGGUCUGAGGGAGAGGUGCGGAGUGGCCGUGUGUCCAUCGUGGACCAUUCUGCAGACUUCACCUUCACAGUGACCUUGGAGAACCUCACUACAGAUGAUGCAGGGAAAUACAGAUGUGGGAUCGCGACAAUACUGCGAGAAGAAGGACUCAAUGGCUUCCUGCCCGACCUCUUUUUCCAGGUUCAAGUGUUUGUUUCCCCCAGGUCCCUGCCUGACCGCGUCCACUUCCUGCUCCUCAUAUUCCUGAAGGUGCCCCUGCUUCUGAUUAUGCUCAGUGCCGUCCUCUGGGUGAACAGGCCUCAGUGGGCAAUUUGUGGGAAACACAGUCAGCCUGAUGACGACGGCCUACAGCCCUCCUUGCCCAUCGAUAUCCUGUCCAGAGACAUCACUGUUCAGACUACAGAAGGAGGAACUUCUGCCCCCAAACUUUAUUUCUCUUCUCACUUUAUUGCCAAAAACUUGUAAGCAAAGCAAAACGAAACAAAACAAAACAAAACAAAAAACCUUGAAAACAUGUAAUGAAAUAUAUCACACAUACAAAAAUGUGUGUAUAAUGUAGAUGUGCCUGGUGGUUGGCUGGGCAGCACGCGGGAAACAUUCCACAGGACCCCUAACUUGCCAGCAGAAAUUGGUGCCAGGCACACACUAGUUGGUCAAGGGAUCCCAAAGUGAGGGCCCGCUUUUGGGUGACCUCGCCCUGCUGAGAACCCUCAAGGCAGCCUCUCAACUCAACAUUCCUUCCUUUCUUCACUCGCUCACCAAAUAUUCACCAAGAGCCUAUAUAGCGAAGACUUAUUUCUAGAUUAUGGGGAUAGAGCAAUCAACAAAACACGAGCUUUGUGUUCUAACAGUUGGUUUCAGAAAAUAAAGAAAUAAAUAAUACUGGUUUGUAAUAAGUGUCAUGGAGAAGAAAGGGUAAGAGUUCAGAGGAUGGGGUGACAGGGGACAGGGACAGCCUCUUGGGUAAGAGCCUUAGGCAGGUGAGGGAGGGAAAGUGGAAGGGCUGAGCAAAAGCAAAGCUCAGGGCAGGUGAGCACUGUGACUGAGGCCAGUGGGGCAGGAAGCUGGGGAGUCAGGGCAAGCUUUGGGGGGGGGGGUGGGCUGCAUCUUCUGAGAGAUGGGGAGCCACUGAAGGAUUUCAGCAGAGGAGGCUCCAGGAUCAGAUGUGAAGAUGCCAAGGCAUUCACUUGAGGAUUGGUUCCUAAAUGAUCUCUGGCCUCUGAGAAAUCACCAAAAACAACCCCAAUCUGAGCUGGGUUCCUGGGAGUGUUGAUGGCAGGAGAAGGGGUGGGGCUUAGGGUAAAGAAGCUCUUUCUGAAAGCCAGGUCCUGCCCCGGGGCAACCCUCUAUCUCCUCUCAGUAUCACCCACCUAACCCCCAAAGUCAGCUGUUGAGCUGAGAGGCUAGGGGUGAGUAUAUCCAGAUAUCCAAGUCUAGCCCAAAUGUGGGUUAUUAGGUCCAAGGGAUCUUUGAUCAGAGAGACUUGGGGGGGCAGAAAGGAGAGACCUGGGGCCUCGUCUUGAGGAGGCAGCUCACCGUCUGUCACCAUGUUCCCCGCAGGCCCCUGUUUAGCAGUGUCCACUUUCUGGAGUUCCUGGUCUUUCUGCAAGUGCCUCCACUCCUGACCGUGCUCAGUGCUGUCCUCAGGGUAUCCUCCCCCUUUGUGGGGACCCCAACUAAGGGAUGCUUCAGUCCUUCAUGCCUUUUGAUAUGCUGCCCAGACAUAUAGCCCUUCAGAUUAGAGAAGAAGAUAAGAUAUAUUACAUCUUAUUUAUCCAUUUUUCUGUUGAUGGCUUUGGGUUGUUGCCCAUUUGGGGCUUUUCCACAGCCAGUGCCACUGUGAACAUUUUUAUACAGGUCACCUAAUAUAUACGUGAAAUAAGUUCACUAAGGUAGAUGCCUAGGGAUGGAAUUGCUGGGUUUUAGGGUUUGUGCAUGCUCAACCACACUAGAUAAUGCCAAAUGAUUUUUCCAACCCCAUUAACUGCCCCAGUUAAUGCUCCCAUCAGCAAUGGCUGAGAACCCCCAUUGCUCUGCCUCUGUGUGACUACUUGGUUGGUCAGACCUUUUAGUUUUGGGGUUUUGCCAUUUUGAAAUAGUUUUCAUUUCACAAUUUACGGGAUGGCCAGACUGUGCAGCCAAGGUCAAAAGGCAGGUAAGCGUGACCCAGGAAAGAGGUCAGUGCAAGAUUCGAGGUCACUGGGAACAGACAACAGGCACACCAGGCUCAAGGGGAGCAGGGUUUACUUACAGCACAAGGAGAGAGAGAGGGAGCCAGGCUGUGCAUCUGUUCCUACGGCUGGUGCGUCCACUCUACAGCCAGCAUGGGCAGUGUGGUCGCAUGCACCCCAGUUGUCUUGCACAAGAAUCCAGACUCCUUCCCAGUGAGGUCUGAAAUAUAGGAAACUGGGGUGCUCCUGAGGGUCACUGACUCUAGCACUCAAGCAGAACAAAGUAGCAUUCAGUGAACCUGAAAGGGAUUCCCGCAAAAGCCAAUAAACCCAGCACAGUCCGUGUGGGAUCCUAUCUCCCGGUGAGGAUGUGUUCCAGGCACAUUCUUUGUGGGCAAGAAGAAGUCAGGGAGGAGGCUGCCAUGCCCAACCUUCUUGUGGUUUUAAUUUAAGUUUCUCUGGCUGCCAUCAUGUUGAGAACCUUUUCACUUUCUAUUGCAUUUCCCCUUCUGUUCAAGUUUUGCCUACCGUUCUUACGUUAGCUCUCUUUUCCUUACUGGAUUAUAGGACUUGCUGGAAUCAUACUCUUGUUUGGUAAAAUUUUAUCAAUUAUACAUUUUUCAUAUGUGCUCACAUAA